UAUUUAGCAGCUGAGAACUGCCGCGGAAAUCGAAGAAGCCAACGGAAUCAAUGGCUCUCUCUAGCAGUUCUCUUGUUCCGAUCAAUUCUUCUGUAAGGAAUCGGAGCCCUUUCCCUUCCUCUAAGCCUCGCCAUUGUUCUCUCAACUUCGAUGAUCGAAAGUCUCUGCGGAUCAUCGCCCAGGCUUCUGAGUCUGCCAAGAAUCCGGCGGUUUCCGAUCCACCGGUGGAGAAGAAAUCGGUUCCGCCGUCUGUAUCGGCUGCUACGAACUCGACGGUGAAGCCGGCUCAGAAGUUGGGCUCUGAGAAAUGGACUCCCGACAGUUGGAAGUCGAAGAAAGCUCAACAGCUUCCUGAGUAUCCGAAUCAGGAGGAGCUUCAAUCGGUGCUUCAUACGUUGGAAGCGUUUCCCCCACUCGUCUUCGCCGGAGAGGCGAGGAGUCUGGAGGAGCGUCUGGCGGAGGCGGCGAUGGGGAAUGCUUUCCUUCUACAGGGUGGGGAUUGUGCUGAGAGCUUUAAGGAAUUUAAUGGUAAUAACAUUCGUGAUACCUUUCGGAUUAUUCUUCAAAUGGGCGCUGUUCUGAUGUUUGGAGGUCAAAUGCCAGUCAUUAAGGUUGGAAGAAUGGCCGGCCAGUUUGCGAAGCCUAGGUCAGACCCGUUCGAAGAGAAAGACGGUGUAAAGCUGCCGAGUUACAGGGGAGAUAAUAUCAACGGGGAUGCUUUUGAUGAGAAGUCGAGGAUUCCAGAUCCUCAAAGGUUAAUCCGAGCCUACUGUCAAUCGGCGGCGACUCUGAAUCUUUUAAGGGCUUUCGCCACCGGUGGUUAUGCAGCCAUGCAGAGGGUCACACAGUGGAACUUGGAUUUUGCAGAGCACAGCGAGCAAGGAGAUAGAUACCAGGAACUCGCCCACCGAGUUGAUGAGGCCCUUGGAUUCAUGGCUGCUGCUGGACUCACUAUUGAUCAUCCUAUCAUGACUGCAACUGAUUUCUGGACAUCUCAUGAAUGCUUACUCUUGCCAUAUGAGCAGUCGCUUACUCGGUUGGAUUCGACUUCUGGUCUUUACUAUGAUUGUUCUGCUCAUAUGCUUUGGGUGGGUGAACGAACCAGGCAGUUGGAUGGUGCUCAUGUUGAAUUCUUAAGAGGGGUUGCCAAUCCUCUAGGAAUUAAAGUAAGUGAUAAGAUGGAUCCAAGCGAGCUAGUUAGGCUCAUUGAAAUUUUGAAUCCUCAAAACAAGCCAGGGAGGAUUACAGUGAUCACUAGAAUGGGAGCUGAGAAUAUGAGAGUGAAGCUUCCCCAUCUGAUCCGAGCUGUUCGCAGGUCUGGUCAAGUUGUCACCUGGGUUUCCGAUCCUAUGCACGGGAACACUAUCAAAGCCCCCUGUGGUCUCAAGACCCGCCCCUUCGACUCUAUCAGGGCCGAGGUUAGAGCAUUCUUCGAUGUGCACGAGCAAGAGGGCAGCUACGCAGGGGGAGUUCAUUUGGAGAUGACUGGGCAGAAUGUGACAGAAUGCAUUGGUGGAUCAAGAACCGUAACAUUCGACGAUCUGAGCUCACGCUACCACACCCACUGUGAUCCUAGGCUCAAUGCUUCCCAAUCUCUCGAACUCGCGUUCAUCAUCGCAGAGCGGUUCAGAAAGAAGAGGAUCAAGUUGCAGAGUUCUCUUCCCUCUUCAGGCCUGUAAAAUGCUCUAGUUAGUAGAGUUCGAGUUCGUCCUUGUAACGUUUUCCUAGUCUUUUCCACUCUUCCGCUGCCCCACUCUCUAGCUAUAUUUGGUUGUAUUGCCAAGAAAACUGUUGGUUUGGAUUCGGGACACCCUCAUAAGAACAGAAGUGAAUGAGGUGAAGAAAUGGGAAAUGAGUGCCAGUUUAUCCCAUUCUCCAUCUCUUUAUAAUAUAUGUUCCUCGUUUUGAUGAUUGUUCA